AUGGAGCUUGCUGGUGCUAUUGAGGCGGAGAUCGCCAUCCAUCACCCAACCCUACCGAGUUCAGCCUUGGCAAACUUGGACUUUGGUGCGUGCGGUCAGAUCCCGGGGCGUCCCCAGAUUCGACCCCGGUCUUACAAGGCGUCUUCGCGGAGGAACAAAAGGAUCGACACAUUAUUGGCUGAAGAGAGCUCCCCAAACAUUUUUGCUCAAUUGACAUUCCGGUACCUUGUCGCAGACCAAGCUUCUCUAAGCUUUCUGCGCCAUGGGAGGAAGAGACAUCCUCCCCUCCUGUGCCACGCGCCCAACGAGAGCAAGCUAUCCAGGCUUUGUUUCAAUGACUUCGCUUCACUGGUCUGCCUCGGUGGCUGGGAUGCAAUUAUGCCCUCCAGCCGUCCUCUUGCUCCCACAAACCCUACCAACACCCCGGCUACGUGCUCAGCCGACGCCCGCUACUUUGAAGUACAUGUUGGUGAUGAGACAGGGUGA